GGCUCUUUUAGCCUAGACCAUGGAACCUUGCCAUGGGAUUAUGAAAGCUUUCCCCAAAGUUAAAAGAGCCAGAGUAUCUCAGGGAAAGGAUUCUCCUCUUUUAAAGAAGAAAGCUGAUCAAUUUGAUGUGAAAGGGUCACAAGGAAGCUGGAGCCUACCCCAGCUUACUUGGGGCAAGAGGUGGGAUACAUCCUAGACUGGUCAUCAGCCAAUCACAUGGCACGUAAAGACAAACAACCAUUCACACUGGAAAUACAUUUAGAAGCACCUCAGUCUACAUCCUUCCUGCUGGAAUCGGAAAUGCGAGAUGUGAAAUAUUCCAAAAUCAAAUUCAACAGAAUGGAGGCCGGACCGAGAGGUCGCUGUGUACAGGUGUCACUCAUGUUGUUGUUGAUGACAACAUGGAGCCAGACCGAGCUCUGCGCCUCCUUAAGGUGGAUGCAAUGCCCCCUGGCGUCCAUCUAGUGAAAUGCAGUUGGCUAAGCGGCUGUAUUAGUGAGAAGCAACUCUUGGAAGAAACAAGCUACAGCAUCAUUUUAAGUAAAAGCGAUCUUCAGACUCAACAAGAAAAUAACCAUUUGUUGGACGAAAAACCCUCAGCGGAAAUGACUGUAAAGCCAGACUGUGAUCGAAGCAAGGAAGAAGACACAAUAGACACGGCUGGAGCAGACAAAAAAGAAAUGGUGCAAGGAGAAGACGACGGUGUCUCUCAGAUACACCUGGAAGCUCUAAUCACUGGCCAGCACCCAAAAGAUGAGACUCCUGGGCUAAGCCUUGACCCUGGUCCUGACACUGCCACACAUACAGUGGUCUCAGGGAAGUGGGUCUGUGCCCAGUCUUCUCAAUCCAAAAGUAAUAACUUCAACAAACACCUCACUGACAAACUCGAGCUGCUGGCCAAGGCCUAUACACACCAGGGGGACAAGUGGAGGGCACUGGGCUACUCCAAGGCUGUCAAUGCACUGAAGAGCUACCACAAGACUGUUACAUCCUAUCAGGAGGCGUGCCUUAUACCAGGGAUUGGCAAGCGCAUGGCGGACAAAAUAGAUGAAAUUAUGGAAAGCGGUCAUCUGCGCAAACUGGAUCACAUUGGGGAGGCUGUGCCAGUAUUGGAGCUUUUCACAAACAUCUGGGGUGCAGGAGCCAAGACAGCACAACUGUGGUACCAACAGGGAUUCCGUACUUUGGAGGACAUUCGCACCAAAGCCCACUUGAGCCAUUCUCAGAAAAUAGGACUCAAGCACUAUGACGACUUUCUGGACAGGAUGCCCAGGGAAGAAGCUGCAGCCAUUGAAAAAGUGGUAAGGGAUGCGGCCCUGGGUGUAGAUUCCGGCCUUGUGGCAAUGGCAUGUGGCUCCUACCGCCGAGGAAAGACCACAUGUGGAGAUGUUGAUGUUCUGAUAUCACACCCUGAUGGGAAGUCCCACAGGGGUAUUUUUAACAAAGUGCUUGAGGUCCUCCAUGACAGCGGCUUUUUGACUGAUGACCUGGUGAGCCAUGAAGAAAAUGGAGAUCAGAAGAAAUACAUGGGUGUGUGUCGUCUGCCAGGACCAGACCACCGCCAUCGUAGGUUGGACAUUAUUGUGGUGCCCUAUCGAGAAUUUGCCUGCUCUCUAAUGUAUUUUACCGGCUCUGCACACUUUAAUCGCUCAAUGAGAGCCCUGGCAAAAACCAAAAAUAUGAGUUUGUCAGAGCAUUCGCUUAACAAAAGUGUAGUACGCCAAGGUAGCGCCAAGGUGCAUGCUGGCACACCUCUACCUACACUUACAGAGAAGGAUGUGUUUAAUCUGUUGGGUAUACCAUACAGAGAGCCUGGUGAAAGGGACUGGUGAUGGUUUCUGGAACAUUUUGAACUCUUCACAACAGAUUGUUGAUUCUAGCGCCACCUAUAAUAUUGUCUGCCUCUAGCGGAUUUGUCUGCUUUUUUACACUAUCAUUAUGCACACAUGGAAAAAAACUUGCUUCAGAAAGUUUGGUACUCAAGCUUAAUGAACAUGCACAUGAAAAAUACAUUGUUUUUAUUUGCACACUAUUUUACUCAGCUCAUACAAUGAACACAAUCUUAAAUCAUGGAACUUGUCACUAAUAAAAUAUUUUAAACAAA